GACUAAUAAGAUUUUGCCAUCUUACUAUGGCAUAAGCUUAAAAUUUCUGUUCAUUUCCAACAAAGGGUGUGACUCUUACAGCAGAAUUUUGUUCCGUUUGUAAGCUUAGUGCAGAAAUCUCAUGGGAGAUAGCACCCACGCACGUAACAAAUGAUUAUUGAAUGAUGACAUCCAAACUUUCUGAGCUAGAACAUAAUUCUGGCUCUGCCAGUAUAUUUUUUGUGUGACCCUGGAUAAGUCAUUCUACUUUCUUCUCAAUUUUGUUUUACAGAGAGAUGACAAUCACAAAAAAUUACUGUAAAGUACAGCACUUCACAGAAUGCUUUUUGUUUAAAGAGCUGACAAUAAAUACCAGAGGCAUCAGGUCAAACCAAGCCUCCCUCGGAAAAAGCCGACUUGCUUGAGGACAGGGGAUUUUCUUUUUGUGAAUCAGCACACCUUGUUUGUAUCUCUAUAAUACAGCUCCUGGCCUAUAAGACGGUCUUAAUAUUGUGAAUUUAUGGAUGUUAUUAGGCAGACUGCAGUCUUGGCAGGCCACUGCCUCUUGAAUUCCUUUUCCCUGUGAUCCUUUUAAUAUUUAACAUCUAAGAGGCCGCCGCUAUUUGCUCUGUGAUAAGUCCCCCCGGUAUUUACUUAAUCCAAGCCUGGAGAAGUAAUUCUUGUCUUUAGGGCACCAUUUCGCUUUUCCACCGUACUUCGCCCCAGGCUUGGGAUCUGGGUCCCGAGGCUACAGGGAAGAGUUUGGUAAGGAAAGCUCAUCUUCCGGCCCUCUGAUUGGCCGCCUCGCACUCCACUCACGCGGCUUGCUGCUCUGAUUGGCCCUGGCGGUACCCCUCGGCCCGAGACUACUUUGUGUGACGGGCGGCGCGCUCAGGUCCUCCCGCUCAGCUCGCGGUCUGGGCCGGUCUGAGGUAGCUCUUCGGCCCACUGCUCUGCAUCGCUGGCGCCAGGAAUUUCCCGAGUCCGAGCGGGACCCCUCAUAAGGAAAUGAAGACCCAAAGACACAGAGUUGAACACUUACAUACUGAAUUGGACAAAGAAUAGUUUCUGCUUUUGCUAGGCGGGCAUCCAUGACCCUGAUGGUGUUUUCAUUCAAGAUCAAGUGAUUUAUUGCCUUUAUUGGUUAACUGAACAAAUUCAGCAUGUAGAGUCCAUGAAGCACAGGACAAUAAAGCUUCCUGCUCAUAUCACCAGAAGGAUCUCUUUGAAAGAUUCACCACGGGACCAUAAGAGAAUCAUUUGAAGCAUCAUGUGUUGAAACAACAGAAGUCUAUUCACCUGUGCACUAACUAGAAACAGAGUUACAAUGUUUUCAAUUCUUUGAGCUCCAGGAAUCCAGGGGAGUGAGUUGCAAAUCUGAAAAUGCGGCCAUGGACUGGUUCCUGGCGUUGGAUUAUGCUCAUUCUUUUUGCCUGGGGGACCUUGCUAUUUUAUAUAGGUGGUCACUUGGUACGAGAUAAUGACCACCCUGAUCACUCUAGCCGAGAACUGUCCAAGAUUCUGGCAAAGCUAGAACGCUUAAAACAGCAGAAUGAAGACUUGAGGCGAAUGGCUGAAUCUCUCCGGAUACCAGAAGGUCCCAUUGAUCAAGGACCAGCUACAGGAAGGGUACGUGUUUUAGAAGAGCAACUUGUUAAGGCCAAAGAACAGAUUGAAAAUUACAAGAAACAAACCAGAAAUGGUCUGGGGAAGGAUCAUGAAAUCCUGAGGAGGAGGAUAGAAAAUGGAGCUAAAGAGCUCUGGUUUUUCCUACAGAGUGAACUGAAGAAAUUAAAGAGCUUAGAAGGAAAUGAACUCCAAAGAUUCGCAGAUGAAUUUCUUUUGGAUUUAGGACAUCAUGAAAGGUCUAUAAUGACGGAUCUAUACUACCUCAGUCAGACAGAUGGAGCAGGUGAUUGGCGGGAAAAAGAGGCCAAAGAUCUGACAGAGCUGGUCCAGCGGAGAAUAACAUAUCUUCAGAAUCCCAAGGACUGCAGCAAAGCCAAGAAGCUGGUGUGUAAUAUCAACAAAGGUUGUGGCUAUGGCUGUCAACUCCAUCAUGUAGUCUACUGCUUCAUGAUUGCGUAUGGCACUCAGCGAACACUUAUCUUGGAAUCUCAGAAUUGGCGCUAUGCCACUGGUGGAUGGGAGACUGUGUUUAGACCUGUAAGUGAGACAUGCACAGACAGAUCUGGCAUCUCCACUGGACACUGGUCAGGUGAAGUGAAAGACAAAAAUGUUCAAGUGGUCGAGCUCCCUAUCGUAGACAGUCUUCAUCCACGUCCUCCCUAUCUACCCUUGGCUGUACCAGAAGACCUUGCAGAUCGACUUGUACGUGUCCAUGGUGAUCCUGCAGUGUGGUGGGUGUCCCAGUUUGUCAAAUACUUGAUCCGCCCACAACCCUGGCUAGAAAAGGAAAUAGAAGAGGCCACCAAGAAGCUUGGCUUCAAACAUCCAGUUAUUGGAGUCCAUGUUAGACGCACAGACAAAGUGGGAACAGAAGCUGCCUUCCAUCCCAUUGAGGAAUACAUGGUGCAUGUUGAAGAACAUUUUCAGCUUCUUGCACGCAGAAUGCAAGUGGACAAAAAAAGGGUAUAUUUGGCCACGGAUGACCCUUCUUUAUUAAAAGAAGCCAAAACGAAGUACCCCAAUUAUGAAUUUAUUAGUGAUAAUUCUAUCUCUUGGUCAGCUGGACUACAUAAUCGAUAUACAGAAAAUUCACUUCGGGGUGUGAUCCUGGAUAUACAUUUUCUCUCUCAGGCAGACUUCUUAGUGUGUACUUUUUCAUCCCAGGUCUGUCGCGUUGCUUAUGAAAUAAUGCAAACACUGCAUCCUGAUGCCUCUGCAAACUUCCAUUCUUUAGAUGACAUCUACUAUUUUGGGGGCCAAAAUGCCCACAACCAGAUUGCCAUUUAUCCCCAUGAACCUCGAACUUCAGAUGAAAUCCCCAUGGAACCUGGAGAUAUUAUUGGUGUGGCUGGAAAUCACUGGGAUGGCUAUUCUAAAGGUGUCAACAGAAAACUGGGAAGGACGGGCCUAUAUCCCUCCUACAAAGUACGAGAGAAGAUAGAAACUGUCAAGUACCCUACAUAUCCUGAGGCGGAGAAAUAAAAGUUCAAAUGGUAGAGAUGGACAACCAAACUCAGUUGAAACCAUUUGAGCCAAACAGUAGAUGAAGAAGGUCCUGACCUAACAACAUGUGGUUCAAUGAAUAGACAUCUUCAGCACCAAGAGCAGCAGAGACUUCAGUUGGUGGAAUUCCUCUUUAACAAGGGCUGAAAUGCCCUCAAAUCCAUACACAGUACAAUAAUGUACUCACAUAUAACAUGCAAAAAGGUUGUUUUCUACUUUGCCCCUUCUUUCAAUAUUAUGUCCCCAUGAAAAAAAACACUGCCACAUUGUGUAAUUUAAGUGACACAGACAUUUUGUGUGAGACUUCAAACAUGGUGCCUAUAUCUGAGAGACCUUUGUGACCUAUUGAGAAGUCCAGAACAGCUCCCUACUAGGGGGAAGUUGAUUCUUAGUCGGUGGUGGUACUGUGACCACUGAAUUCACUCCCACCAACAAAUGCAGAAUGAGAAUGGAUGUUUUUUCCUUUAUAAGGUUGUCUGGAUUUUUUUUUUUUUAAGUAAUUGCAUCAGUUCAUCCACCUCAUCAUUAAUAAGUGAAGGAUACAUCAGAAAAUAAAAUAUUCACUCUCCAUUAGAAAAUUUUGUAAAACAAUGCCAUGAACAAAUUCUUUAGUACGCAAUGUUUCUGGACGUUCUCUUUGAUAACAAAAAAUAAAUUUUAAAAAGGAACUUUGUAAA